CAUUUGACAUAUUCAAAAGCAGGAAAAUUAGGAUACAAAGAAGCACACAAGAAAUAUCCUUCGCCAAAUGAGUAGCAACUACUUUAAAUAAUAAGCUCGUCUUUGUUUUCCCUCACCUGCACAAUUGCUUAUUUUCGAAUGCCUCUUUUUCCUCCUAAACUGUCAUUGCAUAAUUCGCUUCCCAAUAUGCAUCUCAGCGGCGAUCUUAGUACUCUUUGUUUCUAUCACUGGGUUUUUGUCAGUUACUUAGCUCUGUUCCAUCUUCCUUUGCAUUAUGCUCUAUCGUUCAACUUCCCUUAUUUUACACAUGAUGGAAGGCUGGAGUUAAAUGGCACUGCCUCCAUCCUAAAUCCAGUUCUAUCACUCACCAGUGACCCAAAUAACAAUUCCUCAGCCGGCAGAGCCGUAUAUUUUGAAGAUAUGCAACUUUUUGAUCCGAGUACGGGUAAAUUCACAGACUUCACUACUCAUUUCUCAUUUCAAAUAUCAACGGUUACUCAACCAGGCCAAGAUGGGCUUGCCUUUUUCCUUGCACCCAAAGGUUCUCUGCUCCCGGCUGAUGCUCAGGGAGGAUGCCUUGCACUUUUUAGCAGAUGUCAUGUUUUCACCGUACCAAGAAAAGAUGAUCAGUUAGUUGCUGUUGAGUUCGACACCUAUCCCAAUCAUGAUUGGGAUACAAUCGAUGGUGAACAUGUCGGUAUCAACAUCAAUUCCAUCCGAUCAGUAAAUAGCAAGGAUUCUGGCCGGAGUUUGAAAAAUGCAUCAAGAGUUGAUGCUAGUAUCCGUUAUAAUUCUAAGGCAAACGAAUUAAGCGUAUCCUGGACUUUCCCAGACGAUCCACUUGUUGGUGGGAAUACAAGCCUUUCACAUGUUAUUAACCUAACGACAGUUCUGCCUGAAUGGGUGUCUAUUGGCUUUUCUGCUGGAUCUGCCCUCUACUUUGAGACACAUGAAAUCCUUUCAUGGGAGUUUGUAACAAGUACGGAAUCAUCACCGGACAGCUUUAGUGUCGGAUUGAUUGUUGCUUGUGUGAUUGGUGGGUUAAUUUCAGCUUGUGGUGUUGUUUCAGUGUCGGUGUUUGCAUGGAGGAAGAGGACUAGAGGAAAAGGAAAAAGGGGUACUGUAGAGAAAUCUGAGUCCAUGGAACGAGAAAUGGAAAACGGUACAGGACCAAAGAGGUUCCCUUAUAUUGAACUUGUUCAAGCCACGAACAACUUUGCAGAAGAAGGCAAACUUGGUGAAGGAGGGUUUGGUGGGGUUUAUAAAGGAUUCUUGAGCGACUCGGAUCAGUUUGUUGCAGUCAAAAAGGUUUCUAGACGCUCCGUUCAGGGAAAGAAGGCAUACAUAUCAGAGGUAAAAAUCAUUAGCAGAUUGAGACAUAAAAAUCUGGUCCAACUCCUCGGUUGGUGCCAUGAAAAUGGCGAUCUUCUUCUUGUCUACGAGUUCAUGGCGAACAGUAGCCUUGAUUUUCACCUUUUCGGAGGUAGAACAAUGAUUCCAUGGGCAGUGAGGUAUAACAUAACACUUGGUCUUGCCUCUGCACUGCUUUAUCUGCACGAAGAAUCAGGGCAAUAUGUGGUGCAUAGAGAUAUUAAAUCGAGCAACAUAAUGCUGGAUUCAGAUUUCAAUGCGAAGCUUGGGGACUUUGGGCUAGCAAGGCUGAUGGAUGAAGAGCUAGGCGUCAGGACAACUGGAGUGGCCGGAACUUGGGGUUAUAUGGCACCUGAAUACGUAAGAACAGGAAAGGCAACUAAAGGAACAGAUGUCUUUAGCUUUGGGGUGGUGGCGCUGGAAAUAGCAUGUGGAAGAAGACCAACAGAACCCGAAUACGAGGGGCCUCACGUUCCCCUGGUUGCUUUGGUCUGGGAGUCGUAUGGAAAAGAAAGGCUUCGUGAUGUGGCUGACAAGGAAUUGGGCAUGGAGUUUGUGACGAAAGAGAUGGAGUGUUUGAUGACGGUUGGACUUUGGUGCGCUCACCCGGAUCAAAGUCGGAGGCCGUCCAUAAAGCAAGCCAUGCAGGUUCUCAAUUUCGAGGCACCGUUGCCAAAUCUUCCAAACAACAUGCCAGUUCCCAGCUACGAUGUCCCUGCAGACAUCCCACCCUUAACCCCAGCGUUAACCAGUACGGGUGCUGCGCCCUCGAUCUCUUAUUCGUCGAUCAAUAUCGGCCGUUAAUUAGAUAUAUCAUGUGACUUUUUUCACGGUGCUAUAUAAUAUGUU